ACAUACCAAAUGGCGAACACGAGCCCAAGCCAACACAUUAGCACGGGAGCCUUAAUGGUCGUAGUCAGUGUUCUGGGUAUAAUUUUCAGCGACUCCUCGAUCAUUGGAAUUCGGGCUGACGAAGAUGUUGAAGAAACCAUGACCAUAGACGAGGUUGUGGAGAUAGUAGAACCCUUCGCCAAGGGUUGUGAUCAGCAGCCCGAAAGGGAACAUAUUAUUGAGAUGAUAGAGAACCGCGAGGAUGCCAAAAUGGAAACCAAAUGUUUUAGACAUUGCUUGCUUAAGCAGUUCGAGGUGAUGCCCGAGGGUCAAAUGCAAUUCGAUGAGGAUAACACUGUAGACAUGAUGAACACGAUGUUCCCCGACAAGAAAGAUCACGCACGCCGCAUAACGCAAACAUGCAAUCAAGAGAACGCUGGUGCUUUGGACAAAUGCGAGGCGGCCCACGGCAUUAGCAUGUGCAUGCUGCGCGAGAUGCGACAGGCUGGUUAUAAGAUACCUGAGAUCAAGCAGUAGACGACUCCCAACUGAUCAGAGCGAGUGCACAAAUUAUAUUUAUACAUAUGCCUAAAUUCGACAUACAUACAUACAUAUUUACAUAAAUAUGUACGUAUGUAUGUACGUAUUGUUUAUUGUUGAAGCACAGAUAUGCCCACAAAUUUUAUGUAAUGUGUUAUGUGGUUGUGAAAAUAAUAGGGUUCCUCGAUAUGCACAUAGGAAUAAAUUGAAGGGUCUCUCUAUGCAGAUCCUAAUCCUCAUCCUAGUA